AUGGACCUCAGAAAAUUUGCACCUUUUGUCUUUCUCCUAAACCUGGGGAUUCUCCCUCUAACUGUAAAAGGUAUGCCAGUCUCUUAUUUUCAUCGUAGGCCGUUGCAAUCAGCAUUUGUGCGUUCUUAUACCUAACAAAGGGCAAAUAUUACUUUUUUUCUUGUAACAUAGUUGAAAAUUGUUAAAAUUUCAUCUCCUGAAAAGCAAUUCAUCUCGAUCGAAGACUUUCUAUUUUGUUCUUUAUUUUUUAAGGAACACUGCAUGUACAUAUUUAGACCUCAUGUAAAGACAGAAGGUCUAACAGCUAAUAUUUUUGAUUUUCCUAGUUCUUCUGAUUUACAACUUUGGGGAACGCAACAAGCCCCUCCCUCUCGUUUAAGUGACUAACUCAGUGCUCGAGCUUGCGACUAGAGUACUAAGGUCAAAGUCUCUGAUGGAUGCAUUUUUCCAUCUCAUUUAAUGUGCCAGUUUCUAUAAAUCUCACGAUCUCGAGAAAAUGAUUCUAUUGCAAAGUUUUCGAUGGACUAAUUUGUUUGUUGUAACUCGGUUCUCCAAAAUAGUACAGUCUGUUCCCGUCAGCGGGCUACCAAUUGGACUGACGGAAAACGAAACAAAAUUUUAAGCACAGACAGGUGAUUGAUUCUUGAUACGAUAUUUCAUAUCCCCAGAAGACCUACGGUUUGAAGAUUUCAGAUCUAGAACAUAAGAUUUUGACAGUGGGGUGAGAUCUCUGAAAAUAAACCUGCCCCUUACACUCCACACUCACAUUCUGAUCCAACGCGAAAGUUUUAAUCCAUUUCAAACUUUUGAAGACCAUAGUGAUGUCUGGCAGUUCAUCAACCCACCUUUUACAGAAAACCUUAAACGAGUUUUUAUUCUUUGAUUUUCCUAUUUUGGAAUCAGUCAUUUCCGCACUUCUACCGAUGUCCAUAUUUCCUAAUCCGUUCAGCUCUGUUUUAAUUCAAUCAGAGAUAACUGUCAUUCGCGGGCUACCCUUUUGGUGCAAGGAACCGAGCUUACUCGACACAUUGCGUGUGGGCGCGUAAGAAAACAGUAAUUUGAUUAAUCUAAAUAUUUAGAUUUGCUCUCAAGAAGUGGAGUAAUUGAACAUGAACGAAAAAGGAGCUAGGGGAGAUAAAAUUGGACUUAAAAAAAUCUAAAGAGAGUUAUUACAGUAGCUAAUCUCCGAGUUUGCCAUUUGGAUCGCCGCGAUCUUUAUCAAAUAUUGUCCAAAUCAAGAGUGAAACAUUGAAAUAUGAUGAUAAAGGUAAAGCAAAAACAAUAUAAAAACUAGAUGAUAUCAAAAUUUGCAUAAAGAUACUUACCUUCAAGGCGAGAAUGCCAUUCGCCAAAUUGUUCAGUACAAUUUCAGAAAAGCAUGCUGAGCAUUAAGGGGCGGGGGGGAGGGGUGACCAAGGAAAUCGGUGGUUCAGUCCGCCUGCCAGUAUGACGUCACACAUCUCGCGUCAGUGACUUUCAAAGUGGCGAGCAAAGUGUUCAUCGAAGAAACAGAUAAAAAUUUCGAAUUUAUCACGGAAAUGCUGUUCCGAUUUCUUGGAUUUGGAGAUUUUAAGGUCCCUCUUGUCAUAGAAAACUAGACUUUAGUACUUUUUUGGAAUGAAACGACCACUGGUGUAAGAAAUUUUAAAGAUCCCUUUCUAUCGUUGAGCAAAUUUUACGGGCAAUCAUACGGACCGGUCAUAUUUUUUAGGGCCAGUGCACGGCAAGAUUGAGGAAUUUAGACACAGCAAUAGGAGGUUCAUCAAAGGAUCUUUCAUUCUUUACAUUGUGCGUAUUUUCAGCUGUUCAGAGCUUAGCUUAGCUGUAGCGUUGAAAGAGGAAGCUACAUGACAGAUAUUUGUGAGAGACCCUGAGCGUUGAAUCUUGUUGCUUUAACAUAUUUUCAUACUGUACUGGGCAUACACCUGUAAUUGUGUAAUUAAAUCCCGAAAACCAAUAAAAGGUUUCGUUUAAUUAGUUUUUGGGGCCAAACCCAGUGGAGAUUUUACGGUAAUAUAUUGAUAAUUAAGACGAUGUACAAAAGGCAGGUCUAAAUUUCGCCAGUGGAUCACUGAUGGGUGUUGGGUGUAAACUAGUACAGUCUUCUGGUGUACUGUGUGUUGUUUGUCAUGAUGUCAACUAGCAUUGAAAAAAUUGCAGCUGUUUGAGAGGAGAGGGGACAUAAGUUGACAGCUUGUGGUUUUUUCUGGCCGUAAGCUUGGCCAGUAUGCAGAUCAAGAACUCUUGAAAUUCCUUUUCCAAAAUAAUACUCCGGACUUAAGCUUAAAAUAUAUAUUGAUCCAAGUGCAUGACCAGCAGGGUCCGUAGUAAGAAUAAAGAAAAACAGGCGAAAAGGAAAAACCAAGACUAAACAGAAAAAAAAAUAAAAACGGUACAAACAAACAGAAAACAGCGUCGCCGGGAGACGAACCCGGUUUAUCUGCAAGUGUAAGCAACUCCUUGACCGCUGCACCACAGUGACACACAUGUUUUGGAAACCAUUUUUUAGUCUAACAUAGACGCUGUUUCAAGCUGGUGGAGCUGUAUUUAUCAUGAAUUCAAAUAUACAUUAAUUUGAGGAAAAUUAGCUUAAGCGCGUAUUUCGAAGCUAUUUCGCAUUAUUUCGGGUUCAACGCCGGCCGACCCGAUGUAGAUAAUCGAUCGAGCUAGCUUUACUGAGUUUGGUGGAGAAUUAGGAGAUGAACAGAGGCCCACACUCGAAAGGAUUGAUAAAGAGUGAGGCCCGUUUAAUUAGCAAAAGAAUAGAUAAAAUAUUAAUAUGUCAGGAGCCGGUUACUGAUAUGUGUGAUCUGUGAAUAGAACCUCCUAUUCUGGAGACUAGACCUUGCCUAUUUUAGAGAAAAAAAAGAUUUAAGUUUUGAUUUCCUUACCGGUCCCAUAAAAAAGACGGCGAUCCCGCAGCACGGCCCGCAAAACAAAUUAACAAAAUUAUACAAUUAUUUACGGACACAAAAUAUCAAAACGGUUUACACAAGCAGAUUAUAGCAACACCAAAGCUCACACACAUUCGAUCAAAUUAGCGAUAUAUGGCGAUAUCUGAUAGCUUCUUAGCUUUUCCUCGACCUCGCUCGUCCUAAUAACUGUCGUAUCCCUUUCUAAUUUGCACAAGCGACUCAAGGCUCUUGCCCGUUACUAUGUGACGUCAUACUGGCAGGCAGAGUGGGUCAAGAAACUUAGGAAUAAAACAAUAGAGUUACCUCCCCUCCCCCCAUGAUGUUGAGUAAUUGAAAUGAAAAUUAUCUGUAUAUAUAAACUUCUUCUUCCUAAAUUUUCUUUACAUAACGACAAGGCAAAGAUUUUACACCUCGCCUGGAAAUGAAAAGUGAAAAAAUGCUAGGCUACGUUUUUUAAGCGCAUAUUUCUUUUCCCUAUGACGCCAAAGUAGAGUCGCUUAUUAACCUCUAGACUUGGACCGUAGGCCAAGCUACGUUUUUACAGCGCUAUUUAAAUGAAAAGAAAAGUCACAAUGUCCUUGCAAAAGUACAGCUUUUGGUGAUGUCUUUCAAAAAGAACUUCAGUAAAUGAAGAAGAAUUAAUUUUCUGUCCUCACAUUUUAAAAACAUACGAAAGUUGCUUAUCUCUCCUCGCCUGUCAAAUAAACACAGACACACCCCUAGCCUCUCUUCAUUUCUUUUCAACCAACACUCCGUCUCGUUCCAUCCCAUACUUACACUACAUUGAGACAUUUUUUUCUAUUUUACAGGCAUUUCCUAUCAAGUUGGAAAACUGAACGCAUCAGAGACACGUCAAGGAUGGAAUUGCAACAGUGGAUGUGAGGCGCCACAACAUUGUACACUGCCACGCUGCACUAACGUGAUAUUUCCGCAGACGUUUAGUGGAUCUGGAACAGUAAGUAAACCCUAAGCAAUUAAAAAUUACCGUAUUUCUUCAAAUAAUAGCCUCAAGCGAUUAUUCGAGGGAGGCGAUUAUUUCAAAUAUUGGUCACUGGAAGUCGAUCCCUAAAUAUUUUCUUUUGUUACCCGUUAAAUAAAAAUAAAGAAAUAAUCACAUCAAAAUAUACUAAACAUGGGCUUUAUAAGUUUUCAAAAAAUGGUUCCUUGUCAAGAGCAAUCCUGUUCCUUGGUUAUUUUUCGAUUUCAAUAUCCUUGGCGUUAGAGCUUGAAUCGUCAGUGAUCAGUUUUGCUGGAUGAGAUUCCACUUCAGCUUUGUUUGUUUUUUUAACUCGACAGGGAGGUGGUAAAGAAAGAGAAGAUAGCGAGAAGGGUGGGGAUUAGGGGCGAUUAUUUGAGGGAGGCGAUUAAUCGAGGGACGGCUAUUUUUCGAGGAAAUACAGUAGUCUAAUCUUAAGGGUUGGUGGCAACUUUCUUUUGUUAGCAGAACACAAUAAGCUUCUCUAGAAACUAAUGUUUUUAACAAAUCAUAGUGGCCUUUGUAAUGUUAUGACCUCAGACAAUUUAGUGCGCAUCGGUGUGCUCAAGUGCUCCCUAAUCCCUAGGAUGCGAGUGUUUUCAAACAAGACAAAACAAAAAAGCCAGAGAAUUCUGACAAUAAAAAUAGGCUAGAAGAUCUUUAAUCCUUGGAAUGGGGCCGGGAAUGGAGGGUUGAAUUAGAUCCUCUUUUUUUUUCAGAUUUAGUGUGAGGAGUGCACGCGCGCACGAGCAUUGAAACCACCAGACGCACGCGAGAAACGAGGGCGGUAGUCUCGCCCCUUCAGUCACGCGCGUGGUCAUUUGCGUUACUCGCGCGUUUCGCACGACAGACAGAUCAACAGUCCGGAAUAUCCCUAAAUUUAAGGACAGGGCCAAAUGGUCACGCGACACUGUUCAACCAAGUAGAAGGUGUGCUUGUGUUUAUCAAAACAUUGACCAAGUGAUCAAAAAUUUUCACAACAGCGGACGUUGAGGUCGUACAAAACAGGAAUGGUACUACCUAUUAACCUCUACAGGACAAGAAUCAAAGAACCAGUCAUCAUAACAAGAAUAAAAAGUAGUUCAAAUUUAUUAAUUCUCCUUGUUUGUUUUUUUGUGUUCUUUCGUGUUGACUUUACGCAUCUGGUGCUUUCUUUGCUUGUUGUCGUACCUGCAAUGUUUAAUUUUAUCCCAGAUAAUCAGUGCAUGUUUAAUGAGUAGCGAACUACAUCAUUUACAGUUGAAAUUUGUCUUCUUUCUUUGAUUUUUUUAACUGUGGAUGAACAUUUGGAGAAUCCAACAAUAAUAAAUCUUUCCAGAUUUGGUGAUUUUUCAGAAACAAAGCGGUUAAUAACUACCUUGCGCUUAUGAUCUUUAAUUUUAUUCCCGCAAAUUCGGCAAAGUGAAGCGAGAUGCAUGUUGGACGUGAAUAUCCAUAAGACUAAUAAAGUUGUUUUGGCCUUGAAAAGAAAAAAGACAAAGGCUCGAAUUAAUUCGAAAAAAAGUAAUAACACGGCUCUGCCAUGUCUGCGUGAAACCUGGGAGUGGAACACGUUCGAGUUUUGGACCGUCGGAAUUCAAAAAUCGUCUACCAAAAUUCUAGGAGGGUCUGGAUAGGGGGGCACAAAUGUCAGUUGUCAGUUAAAAUUUAGGCUAUUUGUCAGCUGUCAGUUAAAUAGCUAUCAAUAAUUAACUAUGAAACUUAUUUGUAUAUUUGUGAUGCGCAAUUUGGCUUAACAGGCACAUAUAAUGUAAAUUAAACAUUAAAUUCGAAAACUGAUGCCAUACUACCUUGGUUUUUAUCAGCUUUGUUAUUGUAAGCAUUUCAAGUGACCCCCCUUUUCUCAAGUCUUGUGUUACUUUUCUCCACUCGAACAUUUUUGCUGGCCAGAGUGCAAGAUUGUCAACCGUUACUGAGCCAAUCAAAAUUAUACCUUCAGAAUAUUUUAUACGCAUUAUGCUUGAGUCUUGCGUCUGUGGACUAAAGACAUCGAUCUCACGCAUCAAGGACAAUUUCUCACAUCUGACUCUCAAAUCCGGACAAAUUGUUCUUAACACAUGAUGACUUUGUGUCCUUUUUUGUGUUCUAACGAAAUCAUAUCAAAGCACGCUAAAAGUGUCGUCUUUUAAGUAGCUUCGAAAGUGCUCAAACAUCAGGUCUUCUGGAACAUCUGCGGACAUUUAACUUUCGGCAACGUUCGGAAGUCUUCGGUAAUUCGUCGGAAAUCUUUGGAAGUCGCCGGGACGUUUCGUGAAAUCUUGGUUAUGACAAGGUAAAAAUCUGACGCAUUUGACUCAGAAAAAGCUGGCAGGUAUAAUAUUGGGACGUAGAUCGUAAGAAGACCAAGAAAACCGUCUCUGAAUCAUGUCAGUAAAACCCUGCAAUUAAUUGCCUUUGUAACGCCAUCAUUCUGAGCAGCCAUCGUAUGCUGGCGCGUUCUCAGAGAAACGUAAAUUUGAAAUCAUACGUCAUUUGCAGAUGGUACGUGACACACAUGAGAUUUUAAGCGUCUUGCUGCUAAGAUUACCCGUAAAAACGCACAUUUGAUCACAUCAUACGAUAAAAACAAUGCUAUUCAAGGCCUUAAGAACAAGUUUUGUAGAAAAUAAAGGACUGUCAGGUCCUUUGUCAGUUGACAGGCAAAUGUCAGAAGUCAGUUAAAUUUUCGGCUAUUUGUGAGUUGUCAGUUGUCAGUUAACCCCAUCCAGACCCUCUUCUAGGUUGUCUACUAUCCCCAUGUUCAACGUGAUAGACGUUAAUGGAUAUGACAAUUAAGGAAAAAUAUCUAGAACGACGUAAAAAAAUCUGUAAAUCAAAAAAACUAGAUACUUGUUCACCAACCUUGAAAACCGACCAAAAUCUCGCCUACAUCGUGUUGUUUAAAAGAAGAAAUAAGCCACAAAAUGUGCUGAAUAUUUCACGAGACACUUCCAAUAUGGCUUUCGAUACGUUGUCCACUUAAAACAAAUUGUGUAUGCCUCAUGAAAAGUCUUACAAAUAUGCCAGAGAGUCUCGAAACGGUGACUGUGAUGGUUUAAGUAAUCUAUCCGCCAUUUUCUUCGUGAAAAAGAGCUCCAUGACGUCACAACUGUCCUUAAAUUUAGGGAUAUUCCGGACUGAUCAAGGUAGAAGAAAAAAGAGAGACUGUUCGUGAUGUACGGUUGAAUUGUCGCCUGCAAAUUUUCAUUCAUGCUUAUCUUUUCAGGUUCGAGUCUUUGUGUCAUUAAGCCACGAAGAUCAGUCUUCAGUUGUUCAUGCGCCUUCUGCUGUGUGGGCAGAGUCCAUAAGUACAGCUGGAUUUCAGUUAUGCUCGCGUGCAACAGGUUCUACAAAUAACACUGGAAUUAUCAACUGGGUAGCGUUUCAGGACAAACCCAUGUUAACGCAUGGAAGCGUUACUUUUAGUGGAAUAUGGACAACAGAAACCAAGUGUGAGAAGGUGACUUUUACUCAGGUUAGAUAACAAUAAUUGAUAACAAGUGUAUAAUUUUGUUAUCAGGAUGUAAAACGUAAUUAAAUAGUAGAAACAAAUGAAAUAGUAUCAGAAAUUAUAGUUCUAAAACAAAGAUUUAAUUAAUCUGCUCCCAUAAGCCUUUGAUAAAUCCUUAAUUUCAUUUAAGUGCCACUGAGCACUUCAUUGAUACGAUUAUGUUGAUUUAUAUCUCGAGAAGCUUGUUUAUUUUUCAGUCAAUAGUUUUUCAUAUAUCUAACACUUUUUGCAGAGCUUUGCUUCCAAGCCUCGUGUAUUUGUCUCUGUUAAGUACACUCGCAGUACUAAGCCAAAUGAUGCUAUGUACUUAUGGUUAGAAAACGUCAAUUCUGGAGGAUUUGAAGUGUGCUUAAGGGAAUUCUUGCCCUUUGAUGGAAAGCACCAAGAUGCAGUUGUGGUAAGUGAAGAAAAAUGCUCGAGUAAACUUUAAACUUUUUAAUGAUUGAUGAAAUAUAAAUAAGUAAAUAACUUGACUUUGCCACACUUCGGCAGCCCGUACAACCAAUUACCUAGAACGUUCGUAACACAAUUAAGGUCAGUGUCCUGUCUCACGUGUCUCAUGCAGUCAUUUCUUGUUAAAGGAAGUGUCGUUCGAUGCCUGACGCAACUCGUCUUGUAAAUUAAACAUUAUUUUCUUGUCCACAGGACUGGUUCACAUUCACUGGAAAUGGGAGUCAACUUAAUUUCACAAUAACUGGAGAAGAAAUCUUUCCAAACAGUGGAAAUCCAUCGGCCAAAAACAACUACGGCUUCUGUCAGGUGAAAACUUUAGUUCUAACAAGAACAUUUAGCAAGCCACAGAACAUUUUCAGUGGUUGAGGUCACACAAGAGAAAACUUAAUAUAGUAAACCCAAAUUUACCAGGCCAUGGUGAUCGACAAUGUAUCCAAAAUGGCAAUUCCCAGAUGAACGCGACAUGCUUAUCUCGCGACUUGAAUGUGCGCAUAUUUUGGGAUUUUUAAACUUCGCGACUUUGCAAGAAUUUUAUAUUUCGAAUCACUUCAAUUUCACGCUGUUGAGUGGGCGAAUAAUUGAGGUGGGGACUUUACAGAUGAUGGGCAAAAAUAGAGGGAGAAGUGAGCACGUUCACAUCCAUUUACUAACCUACAUUACUUUUUUACCUAUUUACAGGAAGUACCUUUCAAUACGACCUUUUACAAAUCGCCAAUUGUGAUUCUUUCCGUAAAUCAUGAGUAUAAUAUUCAGGUCAAGGGAAGCCGUCUUCCAGAAAAUAAUAUAAUAUCGUCCUGGGUUGAGGUAGGUUUGAAUUUCUAUUCUAACCUGAGAAAGAAGCCGGCAUUUCACGCUACGCCACCACUAGUUUUUCCACAAAAUGACGUCUGAUGAACGACGAUAGCAAAAAUUGUAUACUGAUGAUGUGUCACCUGGGCAUGCAGUGCUUCUGAUUGGUUGAUUAGAAAACUUCCAUUGCGGCACGACCAAUCAGGAGCAGUAUCUUGAUCUGGGAAGUGCAAAGUCAUCAUUAUGGGAUUUCUUCACUCGUUCCACAGACGUCUUUUCAACCAGUAAUUAAUUGCGUCGCGAAAUGGGGUUUUCCUCACUGGAUAAUAUUCUUGUUCAAUAAGAGAAGAGAAGUAAUCCGUAUAUUCUAGUAAAUUGAUAAAAGGACCGUGAAAGAGCCAUAAGAAACAGGUAAUUUGGAUCUGAUCCGUGAAUUUCAUGACUUGUAUUGUCGUCGUAGAAAUUAAGAAGAAAUUAUGGAUUUUCUAGUAACUGAUGAGUGCUAUCACAUUUUGCUGUAGGACGUUGGAUUAGAAGUUAUGAAGAUAUGCGUUAAAGACCUCAGUGGAUUAGGAUCGAGUCAUGAUCCCUUGAUUGUCAGCUACGCUGUUACUGGAGGCUGUUAAUUAAUUUUCCUAUUGUAAUUAUCACUAUUUCUAGAAUUAUUAUUAUUACUUUUACUUUUAUUUUUAUUGAUAUCUUUUAGAAGUUUCUAUUUGUAGGAAAACGUUUCAUGAUGAUAGAAUUAACUAAACGCUGGAGUACAAACAAUGAUAAGCUUAUUCAUGUUACACUCUUCCUUUGAACGCACAUAAGGAAUGAUGGGAUAAGAGCAAUUAGGGGGCAGACAAGUAAUAAAAUUGCCAAACGAGUAAUCGAGCAAUCGCGGGCGAGUUUGUUUAUUCCCUCAAAAUAAGACGACGAUUCUAGUCAUGCAAAAUGCAAAAUGUAAAGUUCGACAAGUUUUACGUCAUAAUUCCUUGCUGUGAAGACUUCUACUGUGGUGUACUGCAUUCAAAAUCACUUCCACCCAUCUUUUGCGAUUUUCGUUUCAUUUAAUGUUGAAACUUCUUUUCUAUUGUGUAGAUCAAACAAAACUCGACUGCAUUUUUGUAUUUGCAGAUUUUAUCUCUUGUUUGCCCCCUGAGAAACCACGUAACAUUGCUUUAAUUUAUUCCAUCAGCCUUAAGCGCGUGCAAAGAUGGCGGUAUCGUUAAUAAGGUCUGCUAACGAUAAAAAUAAUAGGUUGAGUUGCCUGUAUGCAAACAUGUCAUUACUAUUUAGUUUUAAUUCAAAUAUGAAGAAUAUAUUAGAAAUUUAUGUUUUUUCCGAAUUGAUAACUACUCAAUAUGAUGUUUUUUUUCUUGCUGCAGAUCUUAAUCCUUGCCUUAAUGUGCAUUGCCCUCGAUUUGGAGUCUGCAGGACCUACAGUGCGCAUGACGCUCAGUGUGAGUGCGAUGACCAAUGCCCCUCAUAUAAAGACCCAGUGUGCACUGCGAACGGAACAACUUACGACAACCGAUGCUGGCAUAAGUUAAGCUAUUGCAGAGGACUCGAAAAUAAUCUGGUCUACCACCCAGGAAGCUGUGAAGGUAACGAAAAAUGAUUUGAACGAUUUUUUUGGCUGUAUAUGCCACAUAAAAUAGUCUGGGAGUUUAGCUCUCGAUCGCUUAGAAUUAUAGUUGUUGGCUCAAAAUUGCAUUCAAUUUGGCUUCUAGCUAUAGGAUGUUUAUAACUUUCCGUUACUUUUAAGCUCACUUCUAGCUCCUCACGCAGGCUAAGCAACAAUAGACAGCUGCAAUAAGUUACUUCGUCUCUCUACUUUGGCAAACAAACAUAUAGCAGCCCAGACUAUAGCCGAUGUUUAAUCUGUGUAAGAUCUUUUAUUCUCUUUUGCCUUGCAAUCUAGUUUUUAUCUCGUAAAAUUAGAUUUACACAAAUUUGCUCGGGCAAAUAAGGUUCAAAAAAGUGCAAAAGAGGAGGAAAUCAAAGACAAGGGUGGUAAAUAUCACAUUUACAUACCAGUUUACAUGGAGUUGCAUAUUUGAGGGCAAAUGCAGUAUUUAUUAUCUUUGCCCUUGAUUUCAUCCUCUUUUGUAUUUUUUUUUUUUUUGCACCCUAUUAGCACUGAGUAAAUUUGCUGAAAAUCAAAUAUUUCGCGCAGUGGCGCGCGCUCCCACGCGUACAUGUCAUCAGGUACGCUUUUGAUUUAUAAUUUUUUUUUUGGCCUCCUCCAGUACUGCAUAUGUUUAUCUUUAUACUGGCAUAUGUUUAUCUUGGGCACUGAAACCAGCAACCAGCAUGCAAUAAUAAGCAGCCACUAUACAUUUCGUUGUUGAAAGGUAGCCGACAUUGCAAGUUAUAGCCUAGUUUUAGUUCAAUUUCCACGCUUUUUUUUAUCACCACCCUUCACCACUUAGAGUUACACUACAACGCAAGCUAAUGAAGCUACGACCUUAGCGAUAAUGCUUAAAGAGUACAGUGAUGCUUCCUUAUCAAGUACUUAAUUUAUUAUAAAACAGGUUUUCCAAUUGUUCGGGGCCGUGUAGAUCUGCUACAGGUUCCAAAAUGGUCAGAUUCAAACUGUCAGACAGUCACAUUUCCUCCAUACAGGUUUUAUCCCGAUAAACAAGUUCAUGUUCAAAUAACCGUCAAUCACAUGAAGCUGAAUGACUCUGUGACAGUCCACGACGCUGUUACUUCAUGGACAGAAAGUAUCAACACAAAAAACUUCACCGUCUGUGUCAUGCAAACCGGAAGGAAAGAAGAAGGUGCGAAUCCAUUUGCCACCAUUGAUUGGGUGGCUUAUCAAGGUGCACCGCCCGAAGGAUUGACGGGAACGGUUGAGUUGCAGAAAUGGUGGUCUGGUACCAACUGCGCAGAUGUGACUUUUCCUACGGUGAGAGAUUAUAUAAUUGAUGCAAGUCCCCAAGGCAAAUGUUAGACAUUCAUUCAUCUGACAGCUUUAAUCCACGCCGUCUUUAAAUAAAAAAAUAACGGAUCAUUACGAGGUGACUAGGAAGAAAAAAGACGAUUGCUACAAUAAAUAACAAGACAAGGUUAGGUAAUAAAUAAGAAGGGGAACUUACUCAGUGAUUAGUUGCGUGUAAUUUUUGCAGCAAUAUUCAUCUUAACAUGACUUCAGUUGUUGUUAUUGUGUUUUUUGGGCUUUUCCUUCAGGGCAAGUUUGCUGAGGCGCCAAUAGUCCUUGUGACGUCAGAGCACCUGAGGACUGGUAAAGAGUAUGAUGCUGCUCUCAUUUGGAUUGAAGACGUAACUAAGGACUCAGUUAAAGUCUGUCUUCGUGAAAUGCAAAACUUUGACGGUAGACACCAAGAUAUCACUGUGGUACGUUCUUAGUGAUUUUCUUAGAAACUGGAACGCGAAUGUCUGCAAAAUUUGUAAGGAUUGUUGGUCUGUUAACCAUAACAGCGCGGUUAAGUUGAAAUGGCGUUGAUAACUUUAAAGAUCGUCCUGGCGAGUGAUGGUUCAGUCGAACGAAGGGAACUGCAAAAAGAAAAACAUAAAAAGGAACAGAAAUAUAAUAAUAACGAAAAGAAGAAAAAGAAGAAAAAAAACUGAAUAUCAUUACAAGAAGUGAAUUUUAAAUAGCACGCAAAUUGGUCUGCCUUGUCCCCAUGCUUCCCUUCCUGACGUUUUUACGCGAUUCCCCCGAUGUCGUAAAAAAUUGUGGAUUUGCAUCCUUUCCUUGACUUUUUGCGCUCUUUGUUAGUUCACAAAUUUAUAGAGUUCAAAAUGCUUAGGUUCACUGAAAGGGCCCUGAAAAUGCAGUUGAUUUUAAAUAAAUUUUCUGUGGGUAUGUUACAAGACUGUUACAAGUACGGGUGGCAUCAUUUUUGUUUUUUCCUCUUUUCAC